AUGUCGCAGGAUUCAGCCAGCUUAUCGACGAUUCGUAACAUUCACCAAUGGAAUUCACCAGAACGACGUUCCAGUGAUCACAAACAGCUUUCCCCAAUUCCUCUCGAAAUCUAUCUUGAAAUUAUCGACCACAUACGACCUCGGGACGGCAUAUAUAUCAGCCCACAGCACGUAUAUGAGUGCAUGAAUAGUCUCCGAAAUUUGGCGCUCGUCUGUCGUUACUUCUGCGCCCAGAUUCUGCCUUGCCUGUAUAAGGUCCUCAUCUUUUGCCCUGAACCUGAGGAAGAGAGUCUUGGGAAUAGAAGAGAUGUUUUAAGCAGGACCUUCAUCCCGUUCUGUCAAGAUAUCAAUCGUGGCGAAGCUUUUGCCGAAUCCCUUGCUCUCGAAGUCACCCAAUGCGAUAUUCGAGAUUGGAUUGACGUCCCUUCAGAAACUCUCGACACUUCUCCUGUCAAGGCAUCACUGGACGCGCUCAUCGAGGCCUUACCAGCUAUGACCAACCUUACAUCCAUCGUUCUAUCUCGAACAACUCUGACCCCCGCCCUCCUUGAAAACAUCCUACACCUUGAGAAACUCGCUUCACUUCGUAUUCAAUGCUGUGAUCUCGCUGGAAUGACUACCAAAGUCAUUCAUGAUUUCGCUUCGCGAGUCAAAUUGCAGACAUUCCAUUUUUUCUCGAAUGUCAUGCAAAACGAACAAUUGGUCUCCAGCGCUGGGGCGUCAGAAAAGGAACUACUGUCUCUUCUCAUGAAUGUAUCCACGUUUGGCACGGAUAGCUGGCCGCUCAUAAGUGCUAUGAUUGCCUUUGAUGCUGUCCCUUCUUUUCAAACUCUGGACAUCUUUCAUAUCCUGGAUCCGGCUGCACUUUGUGAUUUCCUCUGCAGGAUAUCGACAUUGACAUCGCUCACACUGGACGGCGUCGCCCCCACGGAGGACUCGUAUUUCUUGGUUUUGUCGAACCUCAAACAGCUGCGACACCUCUCUUGUCCUCCUUGCUUAAUUUCACGCCUCAGCGGUUCACAGAAUCUCUCGACUCUAUCGUUCUAUACACGAGCCCAUCAGUCAGAAGACCCGGCUAUGCUAGCUUCUUUCAUCAAGGCUGGAUUAAACUCUUGGAAAGCCUUCAGUCAAUUCAGAUCCUUACGAGAGUUGUGUCUGCCUCUGAUAUUCAUGUUGCUUAUCACCGUCGAUCCUCUGUAUUCUCCCCAUGAUGCGAAAGAGCUCAAAAAGCUCACCGUUUCUUCAGACGGAACGGCCACAAUCAGCAGAGAGUUUAUCAUAUCUGACCCGAUUUUCAUGGACGGAGGUCCGAUGGACGAUAACGUUAAAGAUGCAUUCUUCAUGUGGGGUUUGCUUAGGAUAAUCGGGCAACAAAAACAUUUUCCAAAAUUGGAAUGGUUUACAUUCCAUGGCUUGAAUGAUAGAACCUGGAAGUGGAGGAAUGAGGGUAUGAGUGGCAAGUGGAGACCUUUUCAGUUGCUGGAAUAG